UUAGCAAAGCGGCAGGGACUGUGCUGGUAUCUUAGCGGCAGGCACUAGCUUUCUUUGCUGAUGAGCCUGCAAAUCCUUUCAUUGAACGGUGCUGUAGUUUGUCAUCAUCUCGCUCAAACAGUGAACUGAGCUCGCUCACAGAAAUAAUCAAUUUCAUCUACUCCGGAGUUCCCUAGAAACAAAAUUAUUAGGCAGCAUUUGUGUUCAGUCUGCUAUUAAUGAUUCAUCUACACUGAAUGUAGGGUCGAGGACUUGUGUGCUGGUUCCCGUGUUGAGCAGACGAACUGUGAAUCAUAGAGGUCAUGCAUUGAUGGUUCUGCAUGAUUGGUAUAACCUCUGGCGACUCUCCUGACUCUUCUGUCGGAUCUGUUUCAUUCCCAUGCUUCAUAAAGAUGGAGGUGCAUUAGCAUGAUGGCAGACAGUUAUUCUGAGUGCAGUACGUGCAUGCAUGUAGUUCCAGCGGACAUGUGUGGGUGACAUCACAUCGCCAGCCUCAUUACUUCAUCGUCCUGCGCUUUCCUGGUGCUGUUACUGAAGCUGGCAUCAAGGGGAUUUUCUACAGCACUGUGAUAAUAACACCAUGUUAGACUGUUGUGUCUUGAAACUGCACUGAAGCCGUCCCUGCCUGCAUCAGCUUUACUGCCUCGUCUGUGUUGCACCGAUGCCUUACACCACCCAAUGCACAAGUGCCUAACUCCAUGUCUUCAAGUGCUUUAAAAUCAGCCGUGAUCCAGUGUUGACCUUUUAGGAUACCAUGGAUGAAGAAUAUGGCGUUUUUUCGAUGGAUGUAGAAAUUGGGAUUUCCUUAAACGAUGAUGAGGUCAGCCCGACCUAAUUAGGUUUUUACAGAGCAAGUUUAAGAGUAUUGAUUGUAUUGUCAUCAACAUCGCAAGAUGAGUAAGAGACAUUGUGGACCUGUUUGUCUGGACCUCCACCAACAGAUAGAGGAGCUGCAGUGUCAGCUGAUCCGGAGCAACUCACACAUCUCUCUCAUAGAGCAUGAGCUAAUAGACAGUAAGCAGCUCGCGGAAUAUGAAGUGCUGAAACUGCGGGAGGAGUUUGCUCGACUCAGGGACAGAUACGACAGGCUGCUGGAGAGCCACAAGAGGAUGCAGAAGGUGAACCACGACCUGGAGGACAAGCUACUUAAAGUGGUUAAUAAAUUUGAGGGAGAGAAGGUGUCCCUGCAGCGAGAGGUAGCAGCCUUGACCUCUAAACUUGUUGAUGGCAAGGUCACUAUCUGUGAGUUAGAAGAGGAAAAUGAGCGGUACCGCAAUGACUGUAAUCUGGCAGUGCAGCUACUCCACUGUAGACCAUCCAACUUUGUGUCACAUAAACUUAAUUCGCUUCCAAUGGACUUGCAAGACAGGGUGAAAAAACACAUGACCAGAGAACAGAUUCUCAACAUGGAGAACAGUGUCAAGGAGUCCAAGUUGAUCCGAGUGCCGAUGCAGACUUUCCCACCAUGUGCCAUGGUCUACUCCGUCAACAACACCGAUGCUGACACCAACAUGGGGAACGUGUCCCCCACAGAAGCAGUGCCAAUGUCCCUCAUAGCCAAAGUGCUAACCCAACCCGAACCCAGGCGGAAACCUCAGAGGACUUACAUCUGUUUGAAGUGUAAACGGGACGUUGUGUUGAUUGACAAACAGGUCCAGGCGACGGGCCUACGUGACCUUGAACGGAACAGUUUGCCGAUGAGGGUGCAUCGGACAGGAAGUACGAGUAGUAAUGGUAGUGGUAGACCCAGACACAAUUCUACGGAGACAGAGAUCUGAUACGAACUGUUGUGUCACUGUGUGAUAUGCCUUCAAGGUGAAGUCGCCGACAACUGUAGUCGGACUUCAUGUGUGACUGAGUGUUUUUAGCAUAAUUGCAUUUCCAAACUUUCCUGUAUGAUGAUGUAGGAUAUGUAGAGUCCACCAGGGUUCCGAAUGGAACAUAUUCAGGUUUGCACGGAAUUUGAUACAGUUUUGCAAUCUAAAUAUUCACAAUUUAUGCCUUGGAUAUAUGAGUUUCAGGCCACUUCGUAUGCAGCAUUGUGUAAGGUCUUAUGGAUCCUAGAGACAGGCACAACUACAAUUGUACCAAUAUAGUGACUGACGACUGUAAAUAUUUUUGCUACAACAUUUGGCUAACAUGGUUAAUAACUCUUUAAAAAUUAGUGCAGGCGUAUUGUCUUGUUUCUGAUAGAGUUGAAUGUUGUUCUAAGGCUAAAAAAAAAUAAAAGAAUUGGUUGUCAGGCAAUGACUUUUCAAAAUAUAGUGCAGACAGGCAGUGUUUUUUUGUUGUUGUUUGCUUGUUAAAAUUGGUAUGUAACCAAAUAUACAGCUGUGUACCAUCAACCUUUGGAAGGGGCCUCACUAUAUAUUAAAACAAGCCGCCAUGACUAUAAGAUGAGAUGCGCCAUAAAGUAGUGCACAUGUAAAGGGAAGUAACUAUGUGCUACAUUGGAUGACAUUGUUUUAUACGGUUUUUAAAUUUUUGGGGAAAAUGGAAAAAAAUUACGUGCGGCGGACUUUAUGAUGAAACGUGCCUGAGAACCAAGACUAUUAUUUUUUUAGCCUAAGGUGGGUUGGGAAUUGUCAGCUCACCUUGAUUUGCUGAAUGUGUCCGUGGCUGCUAUUAGGGUUGUUAUUUUAAUAGAUUUAAAUGACACCCAUAUUUCCUAAAUGUAAUUUAUUUUCGGCGUCAUGUUUGUUACCAAUUGUUUUGCCCUUUUAAUUGAAAUUUUAAAAAAAAUAUUUAGUGUUUAGAUUUAAUUUUAAGAAAUCAGCUAGAAAUUUACGAAAUUGUGUGCUAUGUAGUACACACCUUGUACUAAAUCACUGAGAUGGCAAUUUUAAUACCUGGAUCAUUAGGACAGUAUUGUUCAAUCAGAAUAAUUCAUUAACUAGUGAUUGUGAUUGAAUCUUCUAGAAAAUAGUGAACAAUGGAAUUAUUAUUUAUUUUAGAAAUUUGAUUGUUUACAUUGGUAUCUUGUGUCCAGUCUGACCUCUAUCAUUGGUUCUGCCUUUAAUUGGCAGCUUUUCUGAAUCUUGUUUCACAUAUUUGCUACCUCCAAAUAACUGACUUGGGUGGAACAGGUAUUGUUCUAUAAAUAUGUAUAUCGGGAACCUAUUAGAAAACAUAAUAAACCCAUCUAUCUCCUU